CAGACCAUCAUGAAGGCUCGCUUAAAAGGAGCCCAAACAGGUCGUAACCUCCUGAAGAAAAAAUCUGAUGCUUUGACACUUCGAUUCAGGCAGAUCCUUAAGAAAAUUAUUGAGACUAAGAUGCUGAUGGGUGAGGUGAUGAGAGAAGCUGCCUUUUCACUUGCUGAGGCCAAGUUUACAGCAGGAGAUUUCAGUACUACUGUGAUCCAAAAUGUGAACAAAGCUCAAGUCAAGAUCAGAGCUAAAAAAGACAACGUAGCAGGUGUAACCUUGCCAGUUUUUGAGCAUUACCAGGAAGGAGGAGACAGCUAUGAGCUUACUGGCUUGGCCAGAGGUGGAGAACAGCUGGCUAAGCUGAAGAGGAACUACGCCAAAGCUGUGGAGCUGCUUGUGGAACUGGCCUCCCUACAGACAUCCUUCGUUACUUUGGAUGAAGCCAUUAAAAUAACAAACAGACGUGUGAAUGCAAUUGAACAUGUGAUUAUUCCCAGGAUUGAACGUACUCUUUCUUACAUCAUCACAGAACUGGAUGAACGAGAACGAGAGGAAUUCUACAGAUUAAAGAAGAUCCAGGAAAAGAAAAAAGUAUUGAAAGAAAAAUCUGAGAAAGAACGGGAGCUGCGGAGGGCUGCUGGUGGGGAGCAGGAACCAGCCAAUCUCUUAGCCGAAGAAAAGGAUGAAGACCUUCUCUUCGAGUAACCCAGCACAGUUGUUGUAUACGGAGCAAUGGGACCCACAAUGCAGAAUGUCCAAUUACGAUAUAAUUCAGGACAGGUUGCAUCAAUGAUACUUAUGUGGCUUCUUGGUGUAUAAAUCUUGAGUUGGAUGGAUUGUGGAUUUCUCCUGGGGCAUUAGAAAUCUGGGAACUUCACUGCAGCACAGGAGGAAAAGAUGAGAGAUGAGUCAGGCACUUUACUAUCAUCUUGCAUGUUCAGGCCGUUUCUUCACUUAAUAG